GGGAGACUCGAGACGCGGGACACACGGAGGCCUAUUCUUUGGGCGCGCCUUAGGCCUAUUUCGAAGCCUCAGAUCACGCUAUCUGGAAAAGAGAAGCCAAUAGAAGGUGAAAGAGUGGAAAAAUACUGUGAAGAAGGGAAGAAAGAGGAAAGAAAAGAGUGUGGGAGAAGCAGGGGGAGAAGUUUGAAAGGAAAGACUUAUGUUUGAGGGUAUUAAGCUUAAGCUUCCGUGUGACUACGUUUCGCAUCCGCCUUGAGAAAUAAAAAAGAUUUUCGUAAAAAAAUAACGAUAGAAAUAAAAGCAAGCAAUAAAUGAAAUAAUAAAUGACUGUUUCCUGCAACUAGACCCAUGCUAUGGCCACCUCUCAAGAUGCCUAUUACCUGUCUCUCCUGGCGCUGGCUGAGAGGUUCCGCACUCAAGAGCCGGCCAACAUCAAGAGGUGCGUUCAGUGUCUCCAGGCGGUACUCACCUUCCGCCCUCCGCCUAAAGUUGAGGCUCGAACGCACCUGCAGAUUGCCAACUUACUCAUUCAGUACACGAAUAAUACCCAGUUAGCGCAGGACCACCUUGAGCAAGCAUGGAACCUUUCUAUGAAUAUUGCUGGCUUUGACGAUGUGCGCUCUGAGGCGGCCAGUGAACUAGCGAAACUAUACGAGCAGACAGGAGGAGUUGCCAGGUCCAAGCCUCUGUUGCGCAGGGCCAUUGAACUCUCCCGCCAAAGUGUCUAUUGGCAUUGCCGUAUCAUAUUCCAAGCAGCUCAACUGAGUUUAACGGAGGUUGACUAUGCAAUGGCUAGCACCUACUUGCAAAUGGGUUUGGAAUACUGCCACAUGCAGGGUGUAGCCUACAACCAGGUGCUUUUUCUUCUCAGCAAAAUUAUGGUGAUGCUCCUUGAAGGCCGUGGUGCUGCUGAGGUCCAGGCGUUGCUCGCUCAGGCCAACCAGAGUGUUGAGCAGUACAAUGGAUCACAAGGCCAGAAGGAGCACCUCAGGGUGUUUUAUUUGGUGCUGCUGCGGCACUUUCAGCAGUCUAUACAGAAUAUUACUCAGCUGUCUGAACAGGAGGUUAUACCAAGCAGUACAAGUGAGAUGUUUGCAUGGUUACCUCGUGAACAGCUGUGCGUUUUGGUGUACCUUGUCUCUGUGAUGCAUUCUAUGCAGGCAGGGUAUAUGGAGAAGGCACAGAAGUACACUGACAAAGCACUGCUACAGAUUGACAAAUUGAAGGCUGAAGAAAAUACAUCCAUUCUGAGGUCUCUGCAGCUGCUGCUUCUGGAACACAGUGUUAUGUGCCACCUGAUAAUUGGCUCGAAGGCCCAAGCCAUUAAAGAAAUUGCAAAGGUGUGCCAACUCUUGCAAGAGGAUGCCAAGCAGCUACAGGCUCACCGUGCUCAGUUGCACACUCUACUUGCGGUUUAUGCCAUGAGUAUGAAUAAUUCUGAAGCUGCUGAAAUACAGUUCAAUGCUGCUUUACGGACCUCAAAGAACAGAGACCUCUGGAUCUUUGCAAACCUCAACCUAGCAGUUGUUUACCUAAGAUGCAAGCGUGAGAGGGACUUCGCUGAUAUCAUGGACAGAAUAAACCCUGAGACGCUGCCCACCCAGUCCCAGAGUUUAAGAGCUGCUUCCUUUUAUGUUCAGGGCCUUCACGCUUUCUUCACAAGCCGUCACAAUGAUGGAAAGAGAUUUUUGAGAGAGUCCUUGAAGAUGGCCAAUGCAGAAGACCUGAAUCGCCUCACAUCCUGCUCCCUGGUGCUCCUCGGACACAUCUUUCUGGCCCUCGGAAACCCCAGGGAGGCGCAUAACAUGGUCACGCCGGCCAUGCAGCUGGCUUCCAAAAUCCCUGACCUGCAUCUUCAGUUGUGGUCCUCAGCUAUAUUAAAAGAUUUGUACCGGCAGUUUGGGGAUGUCCCCCAUGAGCAGGAGAGCAGUCAGAAUCACUACAACUUCUCACAGACAUUACUCACCGACCACACAACGGCCUCUCUCCUUCCCGAACACAGCCUUAUAAAGUGGAUAGAUGGGCCAUUCCCUCCCUUCAUUGCAGAAAAGGUUUAACGGAUGGAGACGUCUUUGCAGUUGUGUGAUGACGUAGGGUAACGUAAAGGAGGGUUCUGACCAGUGGUAGUAACAUUUGAUAAUCUUUUUUAUUUGGAAAAGAUGUUUCUUAUCCCUCCCUCCUUUUAAGAAAUUGCAGUUCUGACCUUAUAGCUUUGACUACUUGAUAUUUUUUUUCUAAAUAAAAUUGAUUUUCAUCUUUUUAAACUCUUACUGAGUACAGAAUAUUAUGUACUAUGGAGUGGAUGGAUCAUGUGCCAACAAAGAAGAGGUUGGGAAGAAAAACAAAAAGGAUAUAUGGGAAAUAUUUGAUAUUUAAAAUUUUCAUUCACUUGAAACAGAUUUACAUUGUAUAUGUUGUGUGAGAUAAUCAAAAUUCAAUAGUUACAAUAUAGAGCAGGCUCUCUCAAUGGUAUUUUCUUGAUAUGAAUGCCAUGAUUUUUAUUUAAAUUAAGAUAUGAUUUGUAAUAUUUCUGUCAACUGGCUUUAGAGUGUUUUCAUUUACUAGACACAGAUUGAUAUUGUUAUUAUUAUAAUUGUUAUUGUUGUUAUAAUUAUUUUUUUUACCAUUAUCACUGUAGAUAUGAGAGAGUAAACUUGUUUAAAAUAGACAAAAAUCAAACUGAAGAGAAAAGUGAGUUACACUUAAAGUAUAAUUUGUUACUUUUUUGUCAUAUAAUAGCCAUGAAACUUUUUCCAGUUGUAGAGUUUGUUGUAUCUCUUUGUAUUAGAGUUAGCAUAUUAACUUCCUUUUUGAGCUUUAAGGUAUCAUUUGUAUUUAUAUUUCUCAUUUCCCCAAAAGGACGUUUUUUUCUCAAUUUUUAAAUUAUUAUUAUUAUUGUUAUUAUUAUUAUUAUUUUUUUUUUUUCAUUAAAUAAUUAAUUAAUUUGUUUAUUUUUAUUAUUAUUAUUAUUAUUUUUUUUUUUACGGCCUCUGCUAUGCUUGCUUGCAUGAUAAUUUUUCUCCAGUUAUUUAACACCGACCUGAAUGCCAUCAAAGUAGCAGUGACAUCUUUUCACAAAGAUGUUUUAGAUUAUUAACCAGGAACCAUGCAGAAAGACUUGAUAACAAACCAGAUUCUAUUAAUAUGAUUCUCCAAGCUUGGGUCUAAUGUAGUGUUGUCAAAGGGACUUUGAUGUGUUUAUUUUAGGCAGUUUCUUAACCUCAUAGGCUAGGAACUUUCAUGUAUUCAUUUUGGGUUUUCCUUCCCUCUAUUGUUAUGGUGAACCAGUGAUAUGAUGAUGUGCAAAUUACAAUCACGUCUGUUUUGAACCAGUGCGUCUCCAUUUCCAUUGAAUAACUAUUUUUUUUGACAAGAUAGUAACGGAAAGCAGGAAGUAGAAAAAUGCAGUUAAUUAC